CUGAGAUCCAGACUACAGGAUAAAUAUCAGAGACUCAGUGAAGGACUGUCCAAUCAUGGAGACUCAACACGUCUGAAUGAGAUCUACACAGAGCUCUACAUCACAGAGGGAGGCAGUGGAGAGGUCAAUAAUGAACAUGAGGUGAGACAGAUUGAGACAGUGUCCAGGAGACCAGAGACACAGGAGACACCAAUCAACUGCAAUGACAUAUUUAAACCCUCACCUGGACAAGACAAACCCAUCAGAACUGUGCUGACUAAAGGAGUCGCUGGAAUUGGAAAAACAGUCUCUGUGCAGAAGUUCAUUCUGGACUGGACUGAAGGAAAAGCCAAUCAGGACGUUCAUUUCAUAUUUCCACUUCCUUUCAGGGAGCUGAACUUGAUACAGAAACAUCUCAGUCUUGUGGAUCUUCUAAACCACCUUCACACAGAAACCAAAGAAUUAAAGUCAGCAGAUUAUGAGGACUACAAAGUCAUGUUUAUAUUUGAUGGUCUGGAUGAGUGUCGACUGCGUCUAGAUUUCCAAAACAGUCGGAGCUUGUCUGAUGUGACCGAAUCAGCUUCAGUGGAUGUGCUGCUGACCAACCUCAUCAAGGGGAACCUACUUCCUUCUGCUCUCCUCUGGAUCACCUCUCGACCAGCAGCAGCCAAUCAGAUCCCUCCUGAGUGUGUCCACCAGGUCACAGAGGUACGAGGAUUCAACGACCCUCAGAAGGAGGAAUAUUUCAGGAAGAGAAUAAAUGAUCCGAGUCUGGCUGAGAGAAUCGUCACACACAUCCGAUCAUCAAGAAGUCUGUUCAUCAUGUGUCACAUCCCAGUCUUCUGCUGGAUUUCAGCCGCUGUUCUGGAGAGGAUGAUGGGUAAAGCAGAGAGUGCAGAGAUCCCCAAGACUCUCACACAGAUGUUCACACACUUCCUGAUCUUUCAGACCAAACUGAAGACACAGAAGUAUGAUGGGAAAUAUGAAAUCGAUCCUGAUCAGGCUAGAAAGACUAUUCUGUCUCUAGGAAAACUGGCUUUUGAACAGCUGGAAAAAGGGAACCUGAUCUUCUACGAGGAGGACCUGAAAGAGAGCGGCAUUGAUGUCAGAGAAGUGUCCGUGUACUCAGGAGUUUGUACCCAGAUCUUCAGAGAGGAGUCUGGACUGCAGCUGGGGAAGGUGUUCAGCUUUGUUCAUCUGAGUAUUCAGGAGUUUCUUGCUGCUUUAUUCAAGCUGCUGUCCUCUUCUGAACAAAACACAGGACGGAAGAAUGAGUUCAGGUCACCAAUGAUCAGUUUACUGAAGAGAGAAGUGGACAAGGCCUUACAGAGUGAGAACGGACACUGGGAUCUCUUCCUCCGGUUCCUUCUCGGUCUCUCUCUAGAGUCUAAUCAGACUCUCUUACAAGGCGUCCUGAGAAAGAGAGUAAGCAGCUCUGAUAUCAAUCAGGAAACAGCUGCAUACAUCAAACAGAAGAUCAGGGAGAAUCCCUCUCCAGAGAAAUCCAUCAAUCUGUUCCACUGUCUGAAUGAACUGAAUGAUCGUUCACUAGAGCAGGAAGUACAAACAUACCUGAACAGAAGAGAUCACUAUCGUCUCUUGGGAGUCUCUCUGUCUGCUGCUCAGUGGUCGGCUCUGGUGUUUGUGCUGUUGAACUCAGAAGAAGAGCUGGAUGAGUUUAAUCUGAGUAAAUAUGAUCGAUCAGAAUAAUGUCUUCUGAGGCUGCUGCCAGUGAUCAAAGCAUCUAGAAAGAUUAAUCUCUCCAGGUGUGGUAUUACACAGAAAGGCUGUGCUGCUCUGAUUUCAGCUCUGAGAUCAAACCCCUCACACCUGACAGAACUGGAUCUGAGCUUUACUGCACCAGGAGACUCAGGAGUGAAGCUGCUCUCUGCUCUACUGGAGGAUCCACACUGUAAACUGAAGAAACUACAGUGAGUCUCAUCACAUCUCAGUAACUGUAAGGUUUGGAGUAAGAAGUAAAAACUCAGAUGUGUUUUCUGUAGAAGUGGUUUUGUUUG